CUGUUUGGAAGAAGCGGGAAGACAACUGAGAAUCUAGUCGGGAUGACGGAAACACUUGGCUGGGGAGACUACCUGACAAUCGUCAUAUACUUUGCCAUUGUGAUAGUCGUAGGGAUUUGGUCAACAUGCAGACCAAACAGAGGAAGUUCCCAGGGCUAUUUCCUAGCCGGAAAAAACAUGAACUGGAUACCGGUGGGAGCGUCAUUAUAUGCCAGCAACAUAGGCGCCCCGAUUUUUGUAGGCUUAUCAGGUUCCGCCGCAGCCUCCGGAAUAGCCGUCAGCAUUUAUGAAUGGCACGCUGUGUUUUUCCUCGUCGCUCUUGGCUGGAUAUUUGUGCCCGUGUAUGUGUCCUGCGGGUCGUUUACUACUCCCCAAUAUUUGCGGAAGCGGUAUGGGGGAAAGAGGAUAAGAACCUACGCCGCCGUUAUAUCACUACUCGGAUAUAUCAUCUUUAAUAUAUCGGCUGAGAUAUUCGCAGGCGCAAUGUUCUUACAGCAACUCCUCGGUUGGAAUCUCUACUUAAAUGUAGCUGUAAUACUUUUUGUGACCGCACUCUACACCAUUGUCGGUGGCCUUGCUGCUGUCAUCUACACCGAUACAUUACAAACAGUUAUUCUUCUUAUCGGUGCUGCCAUUCUCUUUGUUACGUCCUGGUUAGAUGUUGGAGGCUGGGGAGCAUUGCAGGAAAAGUAUAUGAUGUCGGCGGCAAACUACACCUUCAAUAACACGCAAUACUCCUGUGGGUUACCCCGAGAGGAUUCAUUCCAUAUCGUACGUGACGCUGUCACGGGUGACAUCCCCUGGCCAGGGGCUCUACUGGGACUGUCUACCUUAGGCAUGUACGUCUGGUGUCAGGAUCAGCUCAUGGUACAAAGAUGCUUAUCAGCCAAGAACAUGAACCACUCCAAAGGCGGAGCGUUACUCGGUGGUUUCCUGAAACUGACGUCUUUCAUACUUUUCGUUAUUCCUGGGAUGGUCAGUCGGAUUAAAUACCCUGAGGAAGUCGCAUGUGCGGAUCCUGACAAAUGUUUUGAGAUCUGUCAGAACAGGGCUGGGUGUUCUAAUCUCGCCUAUCCUCUACUUGUCCUGCGUCUUCUGCCAGAAGGUAUUCGGGGCCUGAUGUUGGCGGCGUUACUUGCGGCGCUGAUGAGUUCCCUGACGUCGAUAUUGAACAGUGCGAGUAGUAUAAUUACGUUAGACGUUUGGCGCAUGUACCGGAAGAAGGCCAAGGAUACAGAGCUGAUGAUAGUCGGUCGGGUUACAGUGCUGGUUCUUGUCGUCACCAGUAUACUGUGGCUUCCGGUCAUGGAGAAGGUCCAAGGAGGACAGUUCUGGGCCUACAUGCAGUCUAUCAGAAGCUAUAUCACCCCUCCAUGGUUUAUACUAUUUGUUCUCGGAGUAUUCUGGAAACGGACUACGGAAGCGGGGGCGUUCUGGGGACUUAACGUAUGUUUAGUGAUCGGAAUCAUUAGAAUGGUACUGGACUUUGUGUACACGCCGCCGAACUGUGGCAGUGGGGAACCUGACACUAGACCCUUUAUCGUCAGAAAAGUCAACUUUCUCCAUUUCGCCACCAUCUUGGCCGUCAUCUCUACCAUCGUCAUGAUUGUAAUAAGCCUUUUAACUGAACCACGGCCAGAACGGAAGUUGCGUCGUGUCACGUUUUGGACAAGAAAUGAUCCUUUAGAACCGGAGUUAGACUCUGAGGAUGAAGAAAUUGACGAAGAGGAAAAGAGGAUAGAAGUGGGUGAAGAAGAUACCGCGCCGAAUGAGCCAAUAGAGAAUCCAAUGGGAGCUGUGGGUAAUAUCAAAAGGUACUGCUAUAACUGGGUGUGUGGGACAACAGACAAACCUAAACGGAAACUUACGCUGGAACAAAGACGUGCCCUGAGAGCAAAAUUAACCUCUUUACACCAGAAAAAAAUAUGGCGUAUUAUAUUGAAUACAGGGGCAAUAGUAGUAACCACAAUCACUGUAUUUGUCUUAGGCGUCUUCUAUUGAAACGCACGGAAACUGGCUUAUAAUCUGGUGCACGCGUUGAUCAAAUCGUGAUCUGUGGUGUGAUAUAGACUGCUAUAAAAUGUGUUGUUAUAUUGGCAAUGAGGCCGUUUUAAUAAGGAUUUAUCAGUAACAUGUUCAUUUAAUUUAAUUUUCUGCUAUUUUUUUUUUUUUUUUUUUUAGAAUUAUAUGAAUAAAUAUUGUAUAGAGCACUGCAACUUUAGUACAUCUGAUAUAUUGGAAGAUUGUUUGCUGGAAUAAAAUUUCCUUUUAUCGAGAAACAAAAUUAACACGUUUUAAAAUUGUAUAUUUUUUCAC